CUGUACCUGAAACAUGUUCAAGACAUGAGCAAGCGACUCCGCAUGUCUGUGGAUGUGUCGUGCAUGUGAGGGCAUGUGUGGCGGGAGGGAGCCCUGAGCACAAGGAGGUCCCCAGUCCCUCUUCCAAGGACAGGUAGUUGCAGGUAGGGCAGGAGGAAGAGGGUGGGGGGGUCUCUCUGGAUCUCACAGGGGUUCAUGCAGCCUGACUUGGCCACCACCCCGCCCCUCCCUUUCCUGUUCCUCAUCUCCGGCCAAAGUGGCCCUAAUUGUGGAGGAGGAGGGGCCUGCAUGGGUCUGGGAGGGGCCCAGCGACGGUGCUUUCACUCCCUCCUUGCCUGGGCCCAGCCAGAAGCAGAAGGACCCCAACUUGGGAAAGUGGCGUGAAGCUCCCAUGAGAAAGCAUCGCAGUCCUGGGCCAGACCACACUCUCUGGUCUGUUUCCCCACUUAUAAAAUGGCAAUGCUGAACUAAGUAGCCUCACACAGCACUGCCGGGCCGGACAAUCCAGCCAGGGUGUGUGCUAGGGUAAGGGUGGUAUGGAGGCUACAGCAGUGGGAGGAGGGAGUCCUGGACCUGGACCAGGGAGGCCCUGGAGAAAGGAACGGAAACGGGAGGCCAGGGGGAAAGGAGGAGGAGGAGGAGGAAGUCCCCUCCUGGCCAGGUCACUCCCAGAGGCUGGGCUGGGCCAGGGCGGGGCAGCCGAUGGAGAGCAGAUCUGAGCACCCAGCCACCUUCACGCCACUGUCCAGCUGCCCAGGAGCCCGGGAGCCCAGCCAGGUAAGGGGCUGCGCAGGCCUGCCCCCCUCCCCGCCCAGUCCCCAGCCCUCCGAUGGUGGCCUCUCUCGGCCUCUGUCAGGGCAGGGAAGUUCUGCAUGUCUGCCUGGGUGCCGACUCCCAAACUCAGGGCUUGUGGGCUGCCUUCGGGUCCUGGGCACUGUGCGUCUGUCUGUCUGACCAUCCCUCUCAAUCUUCCCUGCCCAGGACUAGCCACACUCCCACCUCACACAUGCACACACACCAACAGGUACUGGCCAUGCUGGCACCUCUGUAAGGUCUCUCGUCCACAGACCCUGGGUCGUGGGGCUAGCCACUUGGGCAGAGGCUGAGUCCGCCCAUCUCCUCCAGGCCCUCAGAACACCUGCCACAGCCCCACCAUGCUCAUGGCAUCCACCACCUCUGCUGUGCCUGGGCAUGCCUCUCCACCCAGCCUGCCCCGCAACAGCAGCCAGGAGAGGCCACUGGACACCAGGGACCUGCUGCUGGCCCGGGCAGAGCUGGCAUUGCUCUCCAUAGUCUUUGUGGCCGUGGCCCUGAGCAACAGCCUUGUGCUGGCGGCCCUAGCACGGCGGGGCCGGCGGGGCCACUGGGCACCCAUGCAUGUCUUCAUUGGCCACUUGUGCCUGGCCGACCUGGCUGUGGCUCUGUUCCAAGUGCUGCCCCAGCUGGCCUGGGAUGCCACCGACCGCUUCCAUGGGCCGGAUGCCCUGUGUCGGGCCGUGAAGUAUCUGCAGAUGGUGGGCAUGUAUGCCUCCUCCUACAUGAUCCUGGCCAUGACACUGGACCGCCACCGUGCCAUCUGCCGUCCCAUGCUAGCUUACCGCCAUGGAGGUGGGGCUCACUGCAACCGGCCAGUGCUGGUGGCUUGGGCCUUCUCGCUCCUUCUCAGCCUGCCCCAGCUCUUCAUCUUCGCCCAGCGUGACGUCGGAAAUGGCAGCGGGGUCAUUGACUGCUGGGCCAGCUUUGUGGAGCCCUGGGGCCUCCGUGCCUACGUCACCUGGAUUGCCCUGAUGGUGUUCGUUGCGCCUACCCUGGCUAUCGCCGCCUGCCAGGUCCUCAUCUUCCGGGAGAUUCAUGCCAGUCUGGUGCCAGGACCAUCAGAGAGGACUGGGGGGCGCCGCCCGGUAUGCCACACAGGCAGCCCCAGCGAGGGAGCCCGUGUGUCAGCAGCUGUGGCCAAGACUGUGAGGAUGACGUUGGUGAUUGUGGUCGUCUAUGUGCUGUGCUGGGCGCCCUUCUUCCUGGUGCAGCUGUGGGCCGCGUGGGACCCAGAGGCGCCUCGAGAAAGGCCACCCUUCGUGCUGCUCAUGUUGCUGGCCAGCCUCAAUAGCUGCACCAACCCCUGGAUCUACGCAUCCUUCAGCAGCAGCGUCUCCUCGGAGCUGCGCAGCUUGCUCUGCUGUGCCCAGAGGCGCACCCCACCCAGUCUGGGUCCCCAGGAUGAGUCCUGCACCACCGCCAGCUCCUCCCUGGCCAAAGACACUUCAUCCUGAGGAGUUGUUGGGUGUCUUGCCUCCAGAAGCUUUGAGAAGCUCAGCUGCCUUCCUGGGGUCCCCUGGGAGGGGGACCCAUGGAGAACCGGCCAGAGCCUGUGGCCCUGAGCUGGCACAUUGUGUGGCCCUGGACAAGCCGCAGUCCCUGCCUGGGUCUCCAUACCCUUAGCUGCAUGAGGAAGGCCUCAGGCCCCAGAACUGUGGGGGCCUCAGGUCAGCUCACCGUGCUGGGUGUGGGAGGGCUGCAGCAGAGGGCUGAGGAGCAGGUGCCCCCAGGUGAGAGAGUGGUCCCGGGGGCCUUCUAGUCUCUGCCUCUCUAAUCUCUCCCUUCCUCCCUAAUAAAAGUUGCAGCUCAUCCUCCA